UGUCGUUGGUUCUAUGCGCCCUUGACAAAUGCCAAAAUAAAAAAUAUGGUGAUAUAUGUUUAUGGCGUCUAUAAUUAUUACAUAUUGUGUAUGGAACUGCUCAAUUAUCCAAUUGAUCUAAAUUAUUAUAUUCUACCAAAUCUGAAAGGACUGUACUAACUGGAAUGGUUUGAGGUCUGUUGGUAACCACCUAGAUAUGAUGGAAGGGCGUGAGGAAGGGUUUUAUGAAGGAUUGUAGAGUGUCAUGCAGCCAGAGCAAAGCCGAUAUAUCAAUUCGGUUUCAGAUCUUUUACUUAGUACUGACGAAAUCGAGUUCUUGUUAGAAGACAUCAGAGACCUGGAGCCCACAAGCUGUAAACCUGAAGAUAUUCAGGUUGCCGAUGGUAUGAGUUCUGUGUUGCAGGACUUUGAGAUCGCAGGCAGCAGGACGGGCGCGCUCAGCAGCGCCGAUUGUGCAGGAGGAUGCGACUGCGACUCGCCCCUGGAUACGGUCAACUCUUGGGAUUCACACUCUCAUUAUAGGCAGAGGGCGGCAUCUCCCGAUAUUUCUCUCUAUUCUGGCGUGAUAGUGUAUUGCGAUCACACACAUUUGAAAACACCAACAGGAUUCUUGAGAGUUAUACUACUUGCUACAACUAUAGCAUGUUUAGCAUGCCUGUGCAGUUCUGGAACAAUGAAAGUAGGACUAUUCAUGCUUCCUUCGGUUGGGAGAAUACGAUUCAUGAUGUUUGUAUCUCUUUUGAGUAUACUAGCUACUUGCCUGUUACUCUUUCUUGAUAUUUCUCAUAUAAUAUACUUGUUUCCCUUCAACUGGGGCAAAUUGAAUGCAUAUUUUUAUGUGAGCCUUAGUGUGUUGUUCCUGAUAGCUUCAUCACUGAUUUUCCAUUCCAUAUUCUUAUCAGAGGCCUUUUCCUGGGUUCCAAAAUGGACACAUGAACAUUUACUAGUCACAGGUUGUCUAGGAUAUGUGUGCUGCUUGGAAUCUGUCCUUUUGGCCUUAAUACAAAAGCGUUCUAAGGGUCCUUAUGAGCCAGUAGCCGAAGAUCCUAGUAUGAACCUUCAGGAGCGACAGACUUCCCUGCAAUCCUCGCCAUUCCAUAGGUCCAAUCAAGUAUCGCACAACUAUAAACCUAUGAUGAAUCAUCCUUCAAUUGGUCCAUCCACUUCCCGACAGGAGACAUAUUACUUCGAAGAUGUCCAGCCUUGUUCUUCGAAAACUGGCACACAUUACAGAACUGCCUCAUAGUGGAAAUUCGUAUUUUCGUGACAUCUUUGUGAAAAAAGUUUACUGGCGGUCGUUUGAAUACAGGAGAUAUCAAGAAAUUAGUGAUAUAGUGAUCAGUAAGUGCUUCUUCAAGGAAAUUUUACAACUGAGUGAAUAUCAGUAAAUUAUAUUUAAAUUCUUGCUCCAUUCUUCGUAUGAAAUAAAAUUUUUUGUAAUAACGUUCUCUCUUCAGUUUGAUAUCCUGUAUAUUUGAUUUUUCAAAACUUUCCCUUGAAAAAUUUACUUAAGUGAUGUAAUGUUUACGACCUUGAAAUUUUUACGCUCAAUGAAUUAAUUGAUAGAAGUUGCAUAGUGUUUGGAGAAAAAUUUAGUAAUAGAAUUGAGCGAAAUGGCGCGGAGGUUUGUUCACAUUGUCUAAAAUGGUUUUGAGAAAAUUCUAUUUCACAUUGAAAUAACCUCUCGAGACAACUUUGUGUCUAAAUUUUUUAUCGAUUAAUCUGAAAAAAAAAAUACAGCAGUAAAGUAUAUAAUUCCCGAUUAAAUAAUGAAUAAAUUUCACAUUGAACUGAAUUUCUUCUACACCUAGUACAGCAUGUUUGAAGCUACUGAUAAUUUUCAAGUUGUUGUUCCAAUUUUCAUGAAUAAUCUUUGUAUUUUUGCAUUCCCCAUGGGAAAUGAAAAAUGAUGGAAUUUAAAACCAUUUUUGGGGCAUGUGUAUGAUAUAUCAAAUGAUUGUGGUCUGUAAAAUGUACCUUCUAUAAAUUAUACCAAGUAUAAAACGAUCAACAUAAUAAAUUUGUAAUGCAAAAUAUUUUAGGUAGUGCAUUUUGAAUAAAACCAGCGUUCUUUGUUG